UCCAAUCGAAACCAUUCUCAUAAAAAAAAAAAGAUGCAACCGAGGCCGAAUUGUCUCGCGCUCUUGCCGAUGCCAUCCACCGCCGCCGCAGGCGAGCCCUCCCCGUCGUUCCCCCACGCCGUGACCACCCCCGACGGGUGGCACCCCCGCACAGCGGAGCGCCGCCUGCUCCAUCUACUGCACCACUCCUCCCGCGCCCGGCGACGCCCGCUCGAGCUCCUCGCCUUCGCCGUCCGCCAUUGCCUGCAUUCCUCCCCGCCCUCCACGCAGCACCACUUCCUCGCCGCGCUCCUCCUCCUCUCCUCCCCUCCGCCGCCGGCUCUCUCUCUCCUGAGCCUCCUCCCUCCUGAACCCCCGCCUCCCCUCGCACUCCUCAACGCCGCCCUCAAGUCCCUGUCCGCCCCCUCUCCGCCCCUCGCGCUCCGCCUCCUAUCCUCCCUUCGCCGCCUCCAUGCCCCCGAUCGCCUGUCCUUUCUCCCGCUGCUCGGGUCCACCUCCUCGUUGCCGCUCCUCUCAGCCCUCCAUGGCCUCCUCCUCCGCCUCGGCUUCCUCUCCCACCACGCCAUCUCCCUCGCGCUCCUCCAGCCCUAUCCUCUGCCCCACGCACGAAUCCUGUUCGACGAAAUGCCCCUGCAGAGAAAGUGCACCAUCGCCUACAACACACUCAUCACUGCUUAUGUGAAAGCCAAGGAUAUUUUCACCGCACGCCAUCUGUUUGAUGUAAUGCAGCGGUUCAAGCGCUCUAGGAGAAGCAUGAUUUCCUGGAAUGCUAUGAUCGCAGGGUGUACUUGGUGUGGGAGGGACGACAUGGCAGUGCGGUAUUUCCAAGACAUGGUGAGGGAGGGCAAGGUAGCGCCAGAUGAUGGGACCCUCGCCGCGGUGCUGCCUGCUUGUGGGAGGACGGGGAAUGCUGGUGCCGGGAGGUGGGCGCACGAGUAUGCAUGCAAGAUGGGUAUCUUAGACAGCUCGGUGCAUGUUGCUAAUGCGGUGGUAGAUAUGUAUUGCAAGUGUGGCGAUGUGAGCAGCGCAAGAGAGGUGUUCGAAGGGAUGCAACAGCGGAGUGUGGUGAGCUGGAACACAAUGAUCUCUGGACUUUCAUUGAAUGGGCAAGGGAUUAAGGGGAUUGAACUGUUCCGGCAGAUGGUGAGGUCCGGAGGGGAGCCUAAUUCAGUGACUUUCCUGGGGUUGCUUGGUUGCUGUGCCCAUGCUGGGGCAGUAGAUACUGGGCAGGUGAUCUUCCAGAUUAUGCAGUCAGAGCAUGGGAUUGAGCCGGGAAUUGAACAUUAUGGAUGUAUGGUAGAUUUACUUGGAAGGUCCGGCCUUCUCAAAGAGGCACAUGCGCUGAUUCAAGGGAUGCCAAUGAGCCCUAAUUCUGCAAUAUGGGGAUCACUUCUAAGCGCCUGCCGUGCCCAUGCUGGGCUCGGCAUUGCCGAGGUGGCUCUCAAAGAGCUUAUUAGUCUGGAACCUUGGAAUUCAGGGAACUAUAUGCUGUUGGCCAAUCUUUAUGCGGAAACACAACGUUGGGAGGAGGCAGGUGAUGUGAGGAAACUGAUGAGGAGGAUGACUGUGCAAAAGGCACCAGGGCAGAGCCUAAUUGAAGAACCAAGUUCAAGUUGACAAAUGCAUGCUCGCAUUGUGAGUUAACUCUGGAAAUACUCCUACAACAGAGAGGGG